AUGGCGCUGCGGGCAUUGGGGGCCUUUGCCUCCCGCCGCGGCGCCUGUCAGGUGCGGGCGCUGGCAGUCCCGAUGCUGGCGGGACCCAGCGAUCAGCUCUGGGCGCCCGCCGCCCAAGACGCCGCAUCCCUUGCCCACCCUGCGGGCGCCGCCGCGCGGGAGCCCGUCGGCCUGGCGCCCUGGAGCCUGAUCGCGGUUCGGGGAAAGCGGACGGGCGCGAAGGGCAUGCUGGAUGCCCUGAGCGACGAGAUCGAGCACGAGGAGGAGAACUACAAGGCGGACGAGACACUUGAAAGCGGUCCCCCAAAUGGAUUUCAACUGGAGGACAUCCCUGGAAAGACGCGCCUACUGCUGAAGAAGAAGCAUCGUGACACUGAGGAAAUAGAGAUUGACUUGCAAGUUAGCGAACAGCCGCCUCCGACCGAAGCUUACGAUGGACACCCAGAAGACCUUGAUUCUGACAAGGCUCAAUCCCGCUCUUUGGAUGGCGAUGGAGAUGAGGAGGAUGCUGGAGAGGUCUGCACCUCCCACCCCUGCACCCUCAUCCACAAGUCCCACAGUCACUGA